GACUAGACUCUCAUAGUCCCUUUCUGACAGCACUGAGCCCUGGGGACAGAAGAGACAGGAAUUAGGACAAGAGGGUACAGCCCCACAGAUUAUAGACUCAGUAUAGGGCCCAGCAGCCAAGACAAGGAGGGAAGGGAAGACAUCUUAAAUUCCAACUCCUCCAGGAGUCUUCAGAAAAAGCAGGCCUGUGCUCCCCAGGCUGCUCCUCCAUCAGCUCCCCUUCAGCUCCCCUAAAUCCCUUUACCCAGGACACCACAGCUACCUACAUCCUGUUCUGGUUCAGUCCUUCCUGUCAAUCACUUUCCCUGUGUUCUGGCCUGGCCCUCCCACUUCAUUUCCUCUCAGCCUUUUAUUGGACACUCUUCCCCCCCAUGGCUUCUGCCUGGCAGGUUUCCAACAGAGGAUGCCUGUGGGGCUGGGAUGCCCAGGCUCUGCUGGACACCACCAGAGCACUUGUGUGUGGUCUGGCUUCUGCUGAGGAUACAGACGGGGCCUUGCCCCACACACAGCCUCAAAGGGCCCCAAUCUAGAAGAGCAAAGCAAGCAUGAGCCCAGCUUGCCUCGCAGAGACAGACCAGAUCACCACAGCCAGGGCCCCUGGCUUUCUUUUAUGAUCUUGUGAGCUGUGCAGGGGACUGAGGAAGGCUGCCAGUGAGCCACAGCUGUGGAGGGGGAGCAGCCUAUGACAGAGCGCGGCACUGUCUGCCGAGAGCAGGAAGCACUGAGUCAGGUCAGUUCCCCCCUUAGCAGGGCUGGAGCUGUGAUACCAUUGGCAAUCCUACAGCUGAUUAGAGAGGGGGGAAUCGCAUCAGAGUUGCAUGGAGGCGAGCAUGACAGGGGUUGCAAGCAUCAUGUCCUGCAGGGGGCGCCCCAAACUGGUGCCUUCCACAGAAGAAGGCUUGGAAGUCGAUGACCUAGGGAGUAAGAUGGAGUGGCUGGGAUCAGGCUGCCAGUGCCUGGCUAACUUGUUUGUAGUAAAGGGGUGCAGAUAGAGGAGGUGAUGCACGGCCUGGGCCUCCUCCCCUUCACCUCCCCACCACUAGAAAUACCCUCCACCAGCCACCCUCCCUCCAACCACUGGCUGUUGCUCAUGGCAGCCUCAGAGCCAGAGAGAGGCUGGGAGCAUCCUAGGAGCAGCAGGGCACUGGCCUUCUGCUGGGGAAGAAGAAGGAAGCUGAGCAGCCGUGCUGACGGCCCGGCUGUGGGGGAGGGCAGCGAUCCUUCCCCGAGUUUGUAUUGCUCGGCCAAGAAAACUUCAAGUCACCCCUGGCAUGCCCCCAGCACCUUGGGAGGAGCAAGCCCUGUACAGGCACGGGGCUGCUCCCCGUUAACACACCCUCCUCAUCCUUCUCCACCAUUCCUGUGGCCUGGCUAAUAAGAGCCUGUCAUCCAGCCUGGGGGCUGAGUCACCCACCCCAGCAGGUCUCCUCUCUUUCUUCCCUAACAAUUGUUCCAAAAAGUUGCCUUUCAAUUAGCACUGCCUCCCUGGGCUCCUCCCAGAGACAUCUGGGGCUAGGGAGCCAGGCAGGCCUGCUGAGGUCACAGUGGCCGAGCACCAACUAGAAAGGAAGUAACCUGGUGACACACCAAGCAGGGCUGUCCCCAGACCAGUCCCCAGAGGAAUCUGAGGCGUCCUACUGCCCUGGGGUGUUGGUCACAGCUGCCCCAAUCCCAGCCAGUGGAUGCUGCAAUUACCUCAGAGCACGAAACCGGCUUCCCACUGACUGAGUCAGCUGAAAACAAAACACAUCUCUACCACACGCUGGCACAAACAGCCAAGCCACUAAUCAGAGUCCCCAGAUGCUGGCAGAGAGAGCUCAGCCCUACACCGGCAGGAGAUCGGCCGACACAUACCAGGGACCACUAGAGAGAGGGUGAACAGGGGCUGGCCCAGCUGCUGCCUGCCUAAGGAGCGCUCCACUGCCGGAGUCCCAGCCCUGCCCAGCCUCAGCCUUGGUCUGCUCCUGCUCUGCCCUGUGAGUACUGCGGCUUCCUUUGGGGUUUUUCACACACCGCCAAUCAAGUAGCCAGGCUCUCCAGGCGGAGCUCACAGUGCUAGUCUCAUCUCCUUGACAGAACCUCCGAGCUGCUAGACUUCUCUCACUACCCAAGGCGCAAACGAGGGACCACCCUGAGCAGAAACGCAGAGCCUCCGCGGCUAGCCCUUGAAGGUGUCCCUCUGGUUCCUGGCAUUCAGCGUUCUAGCAAAAAGUCACUUGCUGCCGCUGAGCCCCUCUGUGGGGCUUCUCAGAUGCCAGACCCACUAGAUGACUCUCAGGAGCUCCAUGGAGACUUGGCGGAAAGGCUCCUUCCGCAAUGCCUCCUUUUUCAAGCGAAUCACCCUGGGGCGGCCUCGGAGACUGCAGCGACAAGGCAGCACACUUAGCCAGGCCAGCACUGCUGCCGGGGACCACGAGGAGUACAGCAACCGGGAAGUCAUCCGGGAACUGCGAGGGAGGCCAGAUGGCCGGCGUCUGCCCUUGUGGGGGGACGAGCACCCCCGAGCCACCCUGCUGGCCCCACCCAAGCCUCCACGCCUCUACCGAGAGAGCUCCAGCUGCCCCAACAUUCUGGAGCCCCCAGCAACCUACACAGCUGGCUACUCAGCCACUCUGCCGUCUGCAAUCUCCCUGACAGGGCCCCUUCACCAGUGCUCAGAGGAGGGCCUUCUGGACACUCCCCAUUUCCCCAGAACACCUACUCCAGACCUCAGUGACCCUUUCCUCUCCUUCAAAUUGGACCUGGGGCUUUCACUUCUGGAAGAAGUUCUACAGAUACUAAAGGAGCAAUUCCCAAGCGAGCCCCACUUCUGACCUGGUGAGGGUAGCAAGAACUGGGGUGACCAGAGGAGUGGGUCCUAUGGAACCCAGCGAAGGAAGGUACAAUGUGGACUAAGGAACAGGUGGGGACUGGAACCACAGUUCUCCUUGUCCUCUGGCUGCUGACCAAUCCUUCAAGUCACCCAAAGUGAAGGGACAAAAGCCAGCUGGGAAUGUAUGGGAGUCACUUUCUGGCAGGAGCCCUGAAGGAAGCUGGAGAGACCAGGAAAAGGAAGCUACGACCUGCUACCACAGGAACCAGUCAGAGGUCAGUGGAGAGCCAGGGCCGCACAGGGGCGAGGCAGGGAGCAGGCCUCAGACUGGGCAGAGCUGAUGGUGGCAUGCACCAGCCUCGAAGGACCAUGUCAACAGAGAAGUCACAGGACAGUCUAGGAAGACAUAUAGUCUAACUGGGACAAAAGGAAAGUGGGGAAGUUAGAGAGACAGGAACGGACAAGUCACUGCUGACUGCGCAGGACUGUUUGAUGAAGGAAAAGCAAACUGAAAAGCCAGCUCCAGAGGCAGGGGAAUGACUCUAUGGAGACAGUGCUUGCUGUGCAAGCAGGGGGCCUGAGGUUAGACCUCCGGUACCCGCCUAUAAAAGGUAGGCAGGGAUGCGAGCCCAUCUGGAAUUCUGGUGCUCAGGAUGCCGAAACUAGGGAUCUAGGGCAGCUGGCUGGUUAAAUAACCACAAAAGAGCCUCCUCAGUAAAUAAAGCAUGGAGAGCGAUUGAGAAAGACAUCUGAAAUCAACCUGUGACCGCCACUUCACACACACACACACACACACUCAUACACAUAUACUAUACCGACACAAACACAAAGAAAAAUUCAGUUCCUUUUUAUCCUAGCCAAUUUCUGUCUGUUCUUGAGACAAGGUCUCAUAUGUAGUGAGGGUGGUCUUGAACUUGCGAUCCUCCCACCUCCACUUCCUGAGCCUGGGAUUACACUGUGUGUCAUCACGCCCAGGUUUUUUUAUGUGGCGCUGGGGACCGAAUCCAGGGCUUCGUUGACUCUACCAAAACAAGCCCCAUGCCAAUCCUCUAGUCACAUUUUAAAGAUGUUUUUAAAAAUGAUUCUUAAUUGUGUGUGUUUGUGUGUGUGCGUGCACGCACACAGUAUGUGCAGGUACCUGCAGGGGCAAAGGUGUUGAAUGCCCUGGAGCUAGCGCUACAGGCAGCUGCGAGGCAGCUGAUGUGGGUGCCAGGAAUUGAACUCGGGCCUCUAGAACGCAGUAUGUGUUCAUAAUUGCUGAGCCAUCUGUCCAGCCCACUGAGGCACAUUUUAAAUCAACAGCCACACCCCUGACAGCUACUGUACUGGAUGACAGAGCAUGAACCUUGUCACUGAGACCAUAGUCCACCGGAUGCUGCUGGUCAGACUGUGUAACCAUCAGAAGCAGACUCAAGCUGCCCACAGAGCUGCGAGCAAUCCCAGGACUUGAGGAAGAAGCUUCUGGAACCCAGAGCGGCAAAGGAGUGCUCUGGGAACGUCCACAGGCCCUGUGACUGGGAGCCUCUGGGAAAGGCUGCAGGAAUAGAGGGGCUAACCGGAUCUCAGAAAGGACAGUGCGCCACCAAGAGGCUCCGGAAUCCUCCACCAGGCCUGGGGGCAGGGGGCAGGGCUCUGCCUUGCCCAAAACUGGCCAAGGCUACAAACUGUGCUACUACCUUGCCCUGUGGCUUGGUCAGAUGCAUUUAGAGCCCAGAAGCACUGGACCAUGUGGGCCUGGCCUCUGGUCACUCAAGUGUGAAGGAAGGGUAAAGGAAGCUGUGACACACACUGCCUCACAAGUCCACAUCUGUGGCAUCUCUCUCUCCUGCUCCUGUGCAGAGGUGCCCAGCUUCAAGCCUCCUGUGGAAGCAGAGGUA